ACACUUCCCGGCAUGCCUGCGCCGCCUCAGAGCGGAAGUGUCGUCUCAGAGACGCUUAUAAAGCUGCUUCCCCGGCGGCUCAGAUAGACCAAUACGCAGCGGGGUGAACCUGCCGUGGCAGCGAUGGGACGAGCACGGAGAAAUGACAGCCCGUGCUGGAAUCUAGGCUGAAGGAGAAGAAGUGCAUCCCAUCACAGACAGACGGGACUGUCAAGCCCCGGUCGAAGUAUGUGACGGCUGGCAGCUCUCCCCUCCACUGUGGUGAUAUUUAUUUUUAAUUUUUUUUUUAUUAUUAUUUAUUUUUAAACAAAAAUCCGAGAAUGGAUCCGGUGAAAUGGGUGCUAAAGUUGACCCGGCGGUGUCCUCUGGAUGUUGCGGCGCUCCGUCUCCAACUCGACUGAGACCGUCCCCGCUGCCUGUCUCUCUCUCUCUCUCUCUGCGGGACGGGGGGAAAUGAUUUGCGGCUCCGAAGAGAGGAGAAAUAACGGCAGCCGGUGCGUGCAGGAGAUAACGGAAUUACCUCUCUGACCGAAGAACUGUGCGAGCCGCCGUCCACUCUGAAUUUUUUUUCCUUCCAGGAUUUCGCCGCCCCUCCGCUGAGGACACUGGAGACUCCCCAGUGAAAUUGUUUUAUAGAACUCUGGACGCUGUUGUGGAUUGUGUUGCAAUUUAAUGCAAUGGGCUGCAUCCAGAGUAUCAGGUGUAAGCCCAAGAGUUUCCGAGACAGUAUCAUCGUCCUGGAGGUGAACAGCUCCAUUGACCCAAACCCCACCAGCAUCGACGAGUCAUCCAGCGUGGUCCUGCGCUACCGGACACCGCACUUCCGAGCCUGUGCCCGGGUCCUGGUGCCGCCAGUCGCCGGUAAGGAGACGUGGACCAUCGGCUGGAUUCAAGCGUGUAACCACAUGGAAUUCUUCAACACGUAUGGAAACAAAGGGAUGUCGAGUUGGGAGCUGCCCGACCUGCGUGAUGGGAAGAUUCAGGCCAUCAGCGACUCAGACGGGGUGAACUACCCGUGGUACGGCAACACCACGGAGACCUGCACCGUCGUCGGCCCCACCAAGAAGGACAGCAAGUUCACCGUUAGUAUGAAUGACAAUUUCUACCCCAGCGUGACCUGGGGUGUGCCGGUCAGCGACAGCAACGUGCCUCAGCUUAGCAGCAUCCACCGCGACCAGAGCUUUACGACGUGGCUGGUGGCGAUCAACCAGGCCACCUCAGAGACACUCGUCCUGCAGACGAUCCGCUGGAGGAUGCGGCUUCACAUCCGAGUGGACCCAGAGAAGCCUUUGGGACAAAGGGCCGUUCUGAACGAGCCCCUGGCCCAGGAACAGCCCCAGAUCCUGGGCAAGAAUGAGCCCAUCCCCUCUAACGCCAUGGUCAAGCCCAACGCCAACGAUGCCCAGGUGCUGAUGUGGCGGCCAAAGAGUGGCGACCCCGUGGUUGUCAUACCACCUAAAUACUGACCUAUUUCACUGACCAGACUGGCCUUGGAUACCUAAACAGUAUCAUCUCUUAUUUCUUCUCUUUUCUUUCGUUCCUGCUCGUCACCAGCUCUCACUGCUUUAAACCUUCCCCUCCUCUUUUUUUUUCUUCUUUUGCCUCUAUAUUCUUCUCUCUUAUGUUUAAAAAAAGACUGACAGAGGGUUAAAACAAAAGAGAGAGACAAAUGAAACCAGCUCUGAGAGAAUAAAAAAAAGACCAGCUGUUGCUUUGAAGUUGGGGGCUCGAACACAUUUUUAAAAACUGGAGCGAACAAACUGCAACCAUUCUACCUUCAAAACUGGGUCGGGUCGCACUGUGCUAAACGAAGUCAUUGCAAAAACUAGAAGAAUUUCUGUGGGUUGUUUUGUUUUUUUUUUAAUUUUUAAUUUUCUAUUUUUGGCUGUCCAGGCCAAGUGUUACUGGGUUUGUGAGUGUGGGUUGAUUUUGAAGUAUUUACAUGACCAUGUCUGCGCACGUGCUACAUACAUGGACAUGCACACACAUUUGUGUAUGAAUACCAGUUGUGUUUUUUUUUUAUUUACGGGCUGGGAGAGAGUGCAUUCAGUUUUGUUUGUUGUUGUCGUCGAACUGCAUCGGUUGACAUACAUAGAUUUUAGUACUUUAAAAAAAAACAAAAAACAUGCGAGACAUUCAAUCCAUGCUGCCUUAAGUUUACAUCGCUUUCCACUGCAAACUUUUUUAGCCUUAAACUAAGUGCAAUGCAGUAUUUUGCUCAUUUUGUUCCCCCCGACUCUUCUAGACUGUUGGUGCUGGCAUGUGUGGGUUUAGGACAGGAAAAACGACACCACAGAAGAAGAAGAAGAAGACUUUUAUGUUUUCCAUCGCAUUUACCUGACGAGUGCAUUGUCUCACGAGCACAAACCAGCAUUAUGUGUAGACGCAGUUACACAACCGAGUUCGCUGGUUGUGUUUCAAGUGCAUUAUGCAACAGGGGAGCUGAACAGAGAACAACAGCGAAGCCGACCUCCAUCGUCAAUAGCACUCGACGUAGCAACGUGCAAUAACAACUUCCGCAAAAAGCAGUCAGAAGCGCUCCUCAGUUCACCUCUUUUCAUUUAUUUUAUUCCGUUUGUUCCUUCAGAAAACACAUUUUUUUCCCGUUGUAUCACUCCAUCUCAGGGCCCUGUGUUUCACUUCCUUCCUGUUCUCUUUUUGUCAUCCAUCCUGUGUGGCCUGCUCGUUUCUUGCUCGGCGUUUGCUCUCACUGAACGAUCAAUAGUCUGAUUAAUAAGCAGUCACACAUGGGGGCGUAAAAAGCUUGUAAUAACUGGAGAAUUUAAAACAGCGGGAUCCCCUCUUAAACACUGUGUUUGCAAUAGUUCCUCUAAAGCAACAACACCCCUUUUCUCUUUCUGUGUUCAUCUCCUUCAUCUAAACCAGUGUGAGCGCCAGCCUCGCUCACUCUCUCGUUUUUUUUUUUUUUAUCUGUUGUCGAGGCUGAAAAGCAGAGCAGGAGGCAUGCAAGUUUGAUCCUGACUGCUCGGUUGGCAUAUAGAUGACCCACUUCUCUGCCUCGCCAGUUGUAGCUCUUUUCGCUGCAGAAAUGUGGGGUUUGCCUGCCUUUUGCUUCACCGCCAGCCAACGAACAGACACAGACACACAUAAACAAGCAGCACCCGACAGUUCAAUACAAAUGUUGGAUAGGUUGAUGCCCACUGGAAACUCUUUGUGAAAGCAGAGGGAAAGGCUGAAAUCAGGAGGCCAACGUGUGAGUCAAAGAAGUUGUUUCUGCUAACGAGCUGCGUCAGAGUUCGUCCCGUCGAUGGCCAGUUAUCCACUUUCAGAUGUUACAAACACCUUGCAAGUCCACCGUGCCCACCGAAUCCCUGUGUUUUUUGCUCCAACCAAAGAAAUAAUUUGCAUGCAAGUCUGAUCGGCUCAUGUAUUUCACAAAGAUCAGUAAGCUGCUGCUGUUUUGGUGCACUAGCGUCUCCUCAAUAUCGGCUGAACAAAACACAUCCAUCACACUUGGUUCAGGACACAUUUGUUUGAGUUUCAUCGGAUGUUCUGUCUAUUCUAUCAUUACAAAGCAGACAACUGUGUAAUUUUACCCUGAUUUGGCUGAUAUUCCAAACAAAACUGUGUGAGAAUAGCUCAACAUUUUGGGAGCCUUUGCUAUUUGUACAAGAAUAUGACAAGAAGGUUGACACCAAUUUCAUGUCCAUGUGCUAAAUAUGAGGCCACAGACAGCAGUUAGCUUAGCAAGACUGGAAGAGCGGGGAAAGAAAAUAUGCCUACUAGCACCUCAGAAGCUAAAAAAGCUAAUAACAAAUGUCUAGAAAGGACAAAUUGUGGCUUUACAGGAGGCAUUUCCAGUGAUAAGCCCCUGCAAAGUUUAGCUGUCUGGCUAGCUUUGUAUUUAGCAUGUACUUAUACAAAAGUGAUGUCAAUCUUAUAAGCUAACUCUCAGAAAGCAAGCAAGUACAGAGCACAAGUAUUUUGUACAGGAAUAGUGAAACAUUUAGUGUCUUUGACUUUUUGUGAUGAGAAUCAGAUGAGAAGAUUGAUGCCAAUGUCAUGUCUGUGUGCUAAAUAUGAAGCCACAGCCAGUAGUUAGCUUAGCAAGACUGGAAGAGAGUGGAAAGAGCUAGCUAAAAAGUUAAUAACUAAUGUCUAGAAAGGACAAAUCAUGGCUUUAAAGGAGGCAUUACCCGUGAUUAGCACACUCUUUAGCUGAGUUUAGCUCACGUCUCAUGGCUAGCUUCAUAUUUAGCCCAUAGAUAUGAGCGUGAAAUCAAUCUUCUCAUCUUACUCAAGCAAGUAUAUCCCAAAUUGUCCAAAUAUUUCUUUAACCAGGAGCUAAAGUUGGAGAUCUCAAACAUCACGCCACUAGCUUUUAACUGCUUUGUUCACAUGGUAACUCCAUUAGACCCUCCUGCUCGGCUUGGUUCACACGUAGCCUAACCGCGAUAUACUCUGCUCCAGGCCGGGUCGCCGGGGUGGCGAAGGGAGCUGGAGAGGGAGAAGUUAGAAAGGCUACUGGGGGACUGCUGUCAUAAUUAGAUCUGCGGUGACACACUUACAUGCCCUAGAUGGACUUGAACUGUGCCGAGUUGCGCUGUGCAACGCGAGGGCUAGCUUGAAUCACGGGUGAGGUUUACGUGAGGUCACAUGGCGAAGGUCAGGGUCAAAGUGUGUGUGUGUGUGUGUGUGUGUGUGUGUGUGUGUGUGCAGGGAGUCCUAAAAUGUAUUUGCAGGCAGUCGAGUGGUGGUGGAGGAGCGGGGAGUGAAUAUGAAAGUGACAACGAAUUAGAUCUAUUUAGACGUUGAAGCCAGCUAGAAAUAACGUUUGACAUUUGCAAAGCACAACUUGGAUGUCAACCGCAAGGUAUCUGAGAGAAAUCUGCAGCUAAUAUUAUGAAGUCAGUGACCUUUAACCUCUUGGCAUUGUGGACCAUCUUGCAAUGACCCUGUGGAUAGUACUCAAGCUGGACUACGCAUAAUGUAAUUAAACCUUGACAUGCAAAGUGGCUCUCACUCUGUGUGUGUGUGUGUGUGUGUGUUCAUGUGAGCCUGUGUUAAAUCCCAUUUGAGGGAUUUGGACAGGAUGAGGACCUUCAGUCAUGUGUCUUGCUGUUGUUGAGUCAUGAUUUCUACUCUCCCUCCACUGUCUCUCUCGUAUACACACAAACAGACACACACGCACAGACACACACACACACAGUGCAGGGAAUGUAACGUCCUUGUCAUAAAAACAGGGACAGUGCUUGCCCUUGCAAACACACACACACACAAACACCCUGAGGGGAAAGGAGCAGGCCUGGUGUGGUAUCUGAUUGUCAAAGCGGUGUCACAUUGGGAGUGUGAACUCAUUUGUCAGCCCUGCACGUGGACCGUCCGAAAAACACAUGCACAUACUAACAAAGCCAUAUGCACAAUACACACCUGUUUACGAGCGAACAGCGUGUGAUAUAUGUGUCUUUUUCUGUUUGUUGAACUAGAGAAAUUGAAGUAUUGAGGCCCACUGAGAGGGCGCCUGUCAACUAUCAGCAGCAUUUUCAUGUUUUAUUGUAGAAAAAGGGCACUAAUUGUUUUCUGUGUGUGUGUGUGUGUCUGAAUUUGUUCCAAGAUUUGUCGGUGAUGUGUAUUUCGUGUUCGCACAGCAGAUUGAUGCUUUACGUGCUUCCUUAACUCAAAGCCACGAAAAAAAACAAAAUCGCACAUUGUUUGUUUGCUGUACGGAAGGCAAACGGUGCCAAAAUUGGACAAAAGCCAAAACUAUGCAGUGGGACGUUAUGAGUGACAUAGGCCUGUUUUCAAAUGUUUAUUUUUUUUUAUUUUAUUUUAUUUUUUUUAUCGUUAAAUUGAUUUAGCGUAUUUGUAUUUCCGGGAAAACAUUACAAUGCAAAACUGUGUGGAAGACUCUUCACUGUCGUGUUUUCUGCUCGUAGGGCUGUGCCAAGUGAACAAGAGCCUCCUCUCCUAAACCCACACCAUUACAGUUCUUCUGAGGGCUGCUACCUUUGCUUCAGAUCUUUAUGUUGUUAUUUAAUGCCCCCCCGUCAGUGAAUCAUCAUCCCCCUUAUUUAAAACCAAUAAAUCAAGUGCAAACUGAGGACUACCUGCCUUCAUUUCCUGGCUUAUACAUUUGGUUUUAUUCCAUGAAGAAGAAAAAAAAAUCAUCUCGCUAUCUUCCUUACUUCAAAAACAAUAAAUAAAAGAUACGUAACAUUGUCCCAUGGUUUAAAUAAAACCCCUAAAUGUAGCACAUGAGGUAUAAAACGAGCGACUAUGUGCGUUUCUCAUUUUUCGUUUUGGUUUGUUUGGAAAUACAGCACUGAGAAUAGUUAAAGCAGUUUGUGUUUUCUUUUGUUCGGCUUUGACUUUUACACCAAUACUUGAAAAUGGGUCAGUUCUGGCAAAAUAUUUAAAACUGUGAAAAUGCACAACACCGGGGGGGAAACAACCCCUGGAAAAAAUAUAUAUAUAUAAAAGGUCUUUUUCAUGAAUGAAUAAACUGUGCAAAUAUUG